AUGCCCGCCAACCACGCAUCCAUUCCUCCCAGUGAGGGACCGACAGGCACAACCCAACUUCCUUUUUCUCGCGUCAAAAGGAUAAUUGCAGCAGAUUCGGAAAUCCAGAUCAUGUCAAAUGUUGGUGCAUUUGUUAUUACCUUAGCAACGGAAAUGUUCAUUCAACACCUUGCUGAGCAAGCUCACCUUGUCGUUAAGUCAGAGCGUAAACCGCGUCGGACUAUCCAAUAUAAAGAUCUCGCCACCGCUGUUUCGAAUCACGAUAACCUGGAAUUCCUGGUUGAUAUCGUGCCUAAGACUGUUCCAUACAAGCAAAUCAAAGCAAAGAAAGCUACUGCCACUACUUCUAGCUCAUCAAAGGCACAAGACCACACUAAACAAGAAGUUGAUCAGCCUUCCAAGAGCAUAGCUAGUUCUAUGAGAUCCGACUCUAAUAAAAAUGAUAAAAAUAUGGAUUCGGAAAGUCGGGAAAUGAAAGAUACAAAUAACCAGACGUGUAGUAGGUCAAAUCAGCUAAACGAAGAGUCGAGUGCGGACCUUGUGUGA